AUGGCCUUGUCACUGUUUGUGGGAUUCAAUAAUAACCAUCACAAUAUCUUGCUUGCUCAAGGUUUUUUAGCUGAUGAAACUAUUGAGUCACAUAUUUGGUUAUUUAAUAAGUUAUUAGAAGCAACUAGUGUGCAUCCGGGUACUAUUCUUACUGACACAGAUCCGGCAGUGGAUUCUGCUAUUCAUCAAAUAUUUUUUUCUACUUAUCCCAUUCAUUGUACUUUUCAUUUAACCCAGAACUUACAUAAAAAUCUUAGAAAAGUGUUGAGUAAUGUUUAUCAAAAAUUUUUAAAUGAUUUUUAUUUGUGUCGUGAUAGCCUUGUCGAAGAUGAUUUCCAACAAAGAUAUGAAAAGCUUACAGAAUACUAUCCUAAUGCUCAAAAUUACCUGGAGUUUCUAUAUAUAUCAAAGACAUAUUGGGCACAUUGCUUUACUAGUUUUCAGUUCACUGGUGGCAUGAUAGCAACUUCUCAUGUGGAAUCUGUGAAUGGAUGCUUGAAGCAUCUGUUGUUUAACUCAAAUAUUUAA